AUGUUGCUAACUGUGCCCUUUGUGAGACCCACCAUGUCCACGGGAGAAAUGAGCAGAGGUCACACAGUUCUGGAAUGUCAGACUGUUGAUAAGACAGUCACCACUUUAUUUAUCACUUUAAUUCUGCUGUGCCUGGUGGCAGUGGUAGGCAAUGGAUCUAUCAUUAUAGCCCUGGGCAUGAAAUGGUUGCUCCGGAGAACACUGUCAGCUCAUAAUAUGUUGCUGAUCAGUCUAGCAGCUGGUCGCUUCUGUCUGCAAUGGGUGGUGAUAGGUAAGAAUAUUUAUGUUUUCCUGAAUCCAACCGUCUUCCCAUACAACGCUGUAAUUCAGCUCCUAAAUAUAAUGUGGGACUUCCUGACUGCUGUAACCAUCUGGUUCUGCUCCUUGCUAGGCUUCUUCUAUUGUGUGAAGAUUUCAACCUUAACCCACCCUGUCUUUGUCUGGCUAAAGUUCAAGGUGCCUGGGUGGGUACCAUGGAUGCUACUCAGUGCUGUGGGCAUGUCGAGCCUAACUAGUAUCCUGUGUUUCAUAGGCAAUUAUCUGAUAUAUAAGAACUUUCUAAAGAGUGACCAACAACCUUGGAAUGUCACGGGGAAUAGCUUAAGAGUCUCAUUAGAGAAAUUCUACUUCUUUUACGUAAAGAUGAUUAUGUGGACAAUCCCUACUGCUAUCUUUAGCAUUUUCAUGAUUUUGCUCCUCGUAUCUUUGAUGAAACACACAAAGAAGACUCUUUUGACCUCGGGACUUCGGGAUGUUAGAGCACAGGCCCACGUGAAAGCUCUCCUCAUCCUCCUCUCCUUCAUCAUCCUUUUCAUCUCCUGUUUUCUUACCCUGAUACUUAGUUCUGACAGCAGUACACUCUUUCAGGAAUUCAGGUACUGGGUGUGGCAGGUGGUGGUUCAUCUGUGCACAGUGAUACACCCCAUUGUCAUUCUCUUCAGCAACCCUGGGUUGAAGGUAGCGGUGAAGAGGAGAUGCUGCUGA